AUGUUGAUUGAGACAACGCAGAUCCAAGUUCAUGGAUCUGUAAGGGCCGCCAGUCACUGCUGGAUGGUUCAAACGGUGGUCAAUUUGAAGCAAGAACUAUGUUUUCAUAACGAGCCUGCCGGUACCACCAUCGAAGUCCCGAAGGCAAUGUGGGCUUCGCAUCCUGUACCUUUGGCGCUUUCUCCAAGUUUCGAAACGUGCAAUAUCAAACGCAGCUACCAGUUGGUAUUGCGCCUGGGAUUCCAGAACGGGAUGUCUAGAUGUCGAGUGUUGGUUCGCGAGUUCCAGUUUCCUGUUCACAUUAUGGCCACACAAGCUCCAGAUCUACACCGAUUGUCGAGACAUAGGCCGGUAGACGCGCUCAUCGCUAGUUCCGAGUCAAAUCUCGACACAGAGGAUCAUAGCGAAGAAAGUUUUGGUCUAAGUUAG